UCGACCCGGACUAAAAUGGCUAAUUUAGUCGCUAGAAUAACGGUUAAAACGGGCGCACUAGUCACGCAACGCACAAAUGUGGGCGUGACAGUGUGCAGAUAUGCCAAGUACUCGAGUGGACCGGUGAACACAAGUGGAUUUAGCAAACGAACGCAUCGCUUGCUGUCGCUGCUGGGCGGCAGUGCAAUUUCCGUGGCGGCAGUAAUUGCAUUCAUAAAGCUCCGUGCCCUGGACAAUACCGUGAAUGCAGUUAGCCUGAAGAAACGCAUGCGCGAUGAUAGCGAGCUGGAGAAUGUGAAGCUUACGGCACGGGAGCGUCGCUUCAUCAAAUUUGCCUCCGUGGAGUUCGACGAUCAGUUGUACAUGACGCCCCAGGACUUCCUAGAGUCGGUGGUAGAACAAGAGCCCAGACCACGUCUGAAGCGCCGACAGCUGUCCAGCGAUGAGGUGGACAAAUACAAGGAAAAUACACCUGCAUUGAAGAAGGGCUCCACGCGUUUGUUCCGCAAUUUGAGAGAUAAGGGCAUUGUCUCCUACACGGAAUACCUUUUCCUGCUCUCUAUACUGACAAAGCCCAAAUCUGGUUUUCGCAUUGCCUUCAAUAUGUUCGACACAGACGGCAAUCAGCGCGUGGACAAAGAAGAAUUUCUAGUGAUAGUUUCCAUUUUGGCGGGCGCCUUUAAAGAGAAUCAAAAUAUUGAUCCCCAAACCAAAAGAAUUCUGUCGCGUUUAGUGUCCUAUGAGGAGCAAAGAGAGAUGCAGAAUAGCCGUAUGCCCAUGGCCAAGAAGGGUCUUAUGGAGCGCAUUUUCAGCGGCGCUUGGAAGGAGAAGCACGGCGAGCAAGAGUCCCCGGAGCUCGAGCAUGAAGUGCCACCCAUUGAGAAGAACUAUGUCAACGACGGCGAGGGACUGCAGCGCCGUCAUGUGGUUCCGACCACUUUGCAGCUGCAUUUCUUCGGCAAACGCGGCACUGGCGUCAUCAACUAUGACAAUUUCUAUCGCUUCAUGGACAAUCUGCAAACGGAGGUGCUGGAACUGGAGUUCCAUGAGUUCUCCAAGGGCAACAGCAUCAUCAGUGAGCUGGACUUUGCCAAGAUUCUGUUGCGGUACACAUAUUUGGCCACCGAUGAGUACGAUGUCUUCCUGGAGCGACUGCUGGAGCGUGUCAAAGAUGAAAAGGGCAUAACCUUUCAUGAUUUCCGUGACUUUUGUCAUUUUCUCAACAAUUUGGAUGACUUUACAAUUGCCAUGCGAAUGUAUACGCUGGCCGAUCGGGCCAUUUCGAAGGAGGAAUUCUCACGCGCUGUGAAAAUCUGCACGGGCUAUAGCCUCAGUCAGCAUUUGAUUGACACUGUCUUUGCCAUAUUCGAUGCAGAUGGCGAUGGUCUGUUGUCCUACAAGGAGUUCAUUGCCAUCAUGAAGGAUCGCCUGCAUCGCGGCUUCAAAUCUGUGGCCAAGUCCGAGGGCUGGGAUGCCUUCAGGUUCUGUGUGCGCCAGGAGAUGAAGACCCUAAUGAAGUCCUCCAACUAAGGCUGGAUCGCGGCAAUGCCACUCGAGGGAGGGAGGAAUCAAUCUACGCCAAAGUGAAACAAAACAAAAAUUCUAGUUGCGAAUAUUGCUUUUCUUCUAAAGAAUCAAAAUCUCUUGUAUAGAAACUAUGUAUUUAAAAAACCAUUGUUAAUGCAUCGAAUUAUUUAUGAAAUUUAUGAAAAAUGCCUAGAAAA